UACAUCAUAAUACACUGCCUUUUUUAUCCCUCACUUAUUCAAUAUCAUUACCAUCCAUCAUGCUGUCACAAACACAAAAACCCAAGAAGAGUGGGAUACAGGUCAUUGAGAAUAAAUAAUUUUUAUAAACUUUUGUUCUUGUAACUUAGUCAGCUAUUCCAAUGAGGCAAAAUCUGAUAAUAUAUUGCUUUUAUACUACUUAGUUGAGACACUCACAUCUAUUGAAGAGUAAUGGGUACCUUGAAGGGGCUUUUUUCUUUCCCUUUAUAUCCGGUCAAUUAGUCAUCAAUUUCUGCCUUCUAAUAUAGACUCAACUAAAAAAUUAAGUUUUGAAAAAAGAAAUUUAUUUUCUAAAUGAAAUUAAAAUUACUCUGUAUGUGUACUUCUCUUCCUCACACUGGAAUUCUCUAAGGACAGUGUAAAUGCACAUCACUGUAUCUUACGUGUGGUAUCGGCUAUUUAACACAAGGUUGCGUAAGAAAGUAAGCACGAUGAUAUGGCUUAGAAGUCAUGAGAUUCAUAUAGUUUAAUAUAAAGCUCUUGUGAUAGAGAGUUAUUUUGUCACAUUUCUCCUUUCAUAAUUUACGCUCCAGCUCUCUCAGAUUUCAGGUGUUUUCCCGACUCUGAGAUAUAUUCUCUUCUCUCUGGGCCUAACUAAAGAACCUAGAAGACUUCCUUCAACUGGAAGACUUCCUCCACCUCAAAUGCCUCACUUUAUUUUUUUUAAUUAAUUAAUUAAUUUUUUUUUUUUUUUUGAGACGGAGUCUUGCUCUUUCGCCCAGGCCGGACUGCAGUGGCACUAUCUGGCUCACUGCAAGCUCCGCCUCCUGGGUUCACGCCAUUCUCCUGCCUCAGCCUCCCAAAUAGGGGGGACCACAGGCAGCCGCCACCACGCCCAGCUAAUUGUUUGUAUUUUUAGUAGAGACAGGGUUUCACUGUGUUAGCCAGGAUGUAUUUAUUUAUUUAUUUUGAGACAGAGUCUCACUCUGUCACCCACGUGGUGCAACCGUGGCUCACUGCAACCUUUGCCUCUAGGGUUCAAGCAAUUCUCCUGCCUCAACCUCCCAAGUAGCUAGGACUACAGGUGCAAGCCACCAUGCCCAGCUAAUUUUUGUAUUUUUAGUAGAGAUAGGAUUUUACCAUGUUGGUCAGGCUGAUCUUGAACUCCUGACCUCAGGUGAUCCACCUGCCUUGGCCUCCCAAAGUGCUGGGAUUGCAGGUAUGAGCCACCAUGCCUGGCCUAAAUGCCUCACUUUGUUUAACUAACUCCAGCUCAUUUGAUUGGUACUUUCUUGGGAAAACUUCUUCUGGGUUAAGUGCCCUCAUUAACUGCUCUCCUAACAAAUUCUACUGCCAUUCACAUCUUGUUACAAUAAGUCAUGUAUACCUACUUAUUUUUUAGUUUCAUAUUAACUUCCUUAAAGAAAGGGACAUUACUCUACACUCAAAGUCCACCUGGCAUGCUGGCUGAAAGACGUUAAGUUUGAAAAUAUUUGUUAAAGGGUAAAUGAUUAUGUAAAUCCUUAGGACUUCAUGAACUUACUUUCAGUUUGGUUUCCACGUAAGGAGAAACUUACAGCAACGUAGAAACCAAGAGACUCACAUGAAUAAAUGAUGUGACUAAUUCACAAGUACCAUGUCAUUUGAUAUUUGACCUUUAAAGUAGUUUUCAUAUCAGAUCUUUCAGUCAUGGGUUCUAUAGCUUACUGUGAACUUAGACAUAUUAGUUAGUCCCUCACCCAAGAUCAUCUGAAAAAUAAAGGUAAUAUCAGCCUCAUUAGUUAAUUAUGCCAAUUAAAUAAGAACACAUAUUUAAAUCUCAUAUUAAUGUGUAUGGAGCAUAGUAAGCAGUAAUAACCUGGCAUGUUGUCAUGCCAGGCUAGUAACAGUAAAAGUAAUAGUAGUUUCACUAGAAGGUCCAAGAUUAGUGUGGAAAUUCCAAGAUGAUGUGAAAUUUAUCAGGGUUUACCUUUUGUCCCCUUUAAGCUAACAAUGAAAUCAUAAAAGGAUAUGAAAGGGAUAAGCCUGACAGUUCAUAUCCACUUCUGUGUAUGAUAAUAUAACUGGAGAGACAUCAAACUCAUGCUGAGAACAACUAGAAGAGCUAGAGUUGAAGAAAAAGGAUUUCAUUAAGAUAUUAGAGAGUGUUCGAGGCAACUGGAGGGGGAACAAAGAUUCUGGAAAGGGGCCACAGAGAAGUGAGUCAGCAUUCCAGGAGCCACCCUUCUCUUAGGGGCAUCUUGGCAGUGGGUCAGAUGCUGAGAUUCUGGGGAGAGGGCAGUGGAUACCAGGCAUUUUUGGGGGGGAGAGAAAAAUCUCUUCCUAAAGCACUUGAAGGGCCAAAACCCCCAGAUAGGAGAGAGGGCCAAAGAAAUGAGAAAAAUUUUUCUCUCAAGCAAUUUUCAAAUUAUUAAAUUUCACAGGAAAAGAGGUUAGGAAGAACUAUGUGAAAAACAGACUUCAACUUUUGGCAAUCACGUGUUGUUCAGGAGACAAAACCAAAUUCAACUUCCAACAAAGAGAAGCAGCUUUGAUAAAAAGCAGGUUCUCAGAUGGAAUUACUAGAAGGCUUUAUCAUAGGUCCUAGGACAAACUAGAAAUGAUGAAAUAGUAAAGAAAAAGAUAUACAGAAUCUUACAGAAACUGGAACUCAGUCCUAACUCAACUUCGUUUCUAUUCGAUUAAGGCAAUAGCUGUCCAAUCUGGAACUUAUUUCUCACAGAGACUGUGGUUUAGAUCACUCGUGGAAACUGGAGGCAAAAUGCAUGACAGUAACAACGUGGAGAAAGACAUUGCACCAUCUGAAUUGCCUGCAAACCCAGCAAUAAGAGCUAACUGCCAUCAAAAGCCAUCAGUAUGUCUUCAAGCUGCAUGCCCAGAAAGCUGGAUUGGUUUUCAAAGAAAGUGUUUCUAUUUUUCUGAUGACACCAAGAACUGGACAUCAAGUCAGAGGUUUUGUGACUCACAAGAUGCCGAUCUUGCUCAGGUUGAAAGCUUCCAGGAACUGGUUUCCUAUCCUGGGAGCAGGAGAGUGUGCCUAUUUGAAUGACAAAGGUGCCAGUAGUGCCAGGCACUACACAGAGAGGAAGUGGAUUUGUUCCAAAUCAGAUAUACAUGUCUAGAUGUUACAGCAAAGCCCCACCUAAUCUUCAGAAGCAUAUUGGAACUGAUAACUCCAUUUUAAAAUGAGCAAAGAAUUUAUUUCUUAUACCAACAGGUAUAUGAGAAUGUGCUGAAUAUCACUAAUAACUGGGAAAAUACAAAUCAAAAUUAUAGUAAAAUAUUACCUGUUUUCAUGGUGCUAAUAUUGCCUGUUCUCCCACUUCUAAUGACAUACCCGAGACUGAGUAAUUUAUAAAUAAAAGAGAUUUAGUUGACUCAUAGUUCCACAUGGCUGGGGAGGUCUUGCAAUCAUGGCAGAAGGCAAAUGGGAAGCAAAGUCAUGUCUUACAUGGUGGCAGGCAGCGGGAUUGUGUACAGGAACUCCUAUUUAUACAACCGUCAGAUAUCUUGAGACAAGAACAGUAUGGGGCUCCCUGGUGUGAUUCUGUCCUGCGCGGCUGUUCUCUGGAGCAGCGUUCAUUUAUCUCCGUCUGCCUUCUCUCCUACCUAAGUGUGUGCCGCCACCCGAUGGAAGAUUCGACGGACAUGGACACGAGCCCCCUGAGGCCCCAGAACUAUCUUUUCGGUUGUGAACUAAAGGCAGACAAAGAUUAUCACUUUAAGGUGGAUAAUGAUGAAAAUGAGCACCAGUUAUCUUUAAGAACGGUCAGUUUAGGGGCUGGUGCAAAGGAUGAAUUGCACAUUGUUGAAGCAGAGGCAAUGAAUUACGAAGGCAGUCCAAUUAAAGUAACACUGGCAACUUUGAAAAUGUCUGUAAUAAAUAAAAAGGCAACCAGAGCCUCAGAUGAUAGCUCUGCUUUGCUAGGAACCCCUAGGUAGACCUCUCGGAAGCAUCCGACAGCAGUUUACCCCAAAACAAUGCCCCGUGUCAGCAGGAAGCAGCUAAGACCAGUCAUUGUCCAUAUCCUCAUGGCAGUUAGAUACACCUCUUCAGAGAGGGGAAAUAAUAUGAAAGUGCUAGGAAGGGAAGAACCUGGUCCCCUUAAAUGAUAUGGAAGAGGCGAAGAGAAGUGCUGGGUAGAGGAGGGUGUGGACCCUGGCUAGGGCUCCACACCCACGGACCUAACUGAGAACAGGCAUUUCCUGCCCAAAUGUUGCAUUUCCCAAGACCACCCUGGCCUGCCAUGCCCCUAUCCUGUGCCUAUAGAAACCUGAGACCCUAGCAAGGCAGACACCGAAGCAACUGGACAUCAAGAGGAGCACAUCAGCGGAGGAACACAGGCAGAGGAACACAUAGGUGGCUGGACAUUGAGAGGAACACACUGACAGGCACCAGCAUGCUGACAGGCCACUGACUGACAGAACAAUGCGGAGUUUGGCUGGGGCAGCUGGAGGAGAGUCUGGGCAGCUGAGCAGCCUGACCGGGGGAAAACCAUCUCCCUUCUGGCUCUCCCAUCUGCUGGUGGCUAUUUCCACUCAAUAAAACCUUCCACUCAUUCUCCAAGCCCAUAUGUGAUCUGAUUCUUCCGGUACACCAAGGCGAGAACCUCAGGAUACAGAAAGCCCACUGUCCUUGUGAUAAGGCAGGGGUCUAAUUGAAUUGACUAACACAAGGCACCUAGAGUGGCUAAACUAGAAGAGCAAAACUACAAGAGCACACUGUAGCACAUGCCUACUGGGGCUUCAGCUGCAAACAUUCACCCCUAGACAUUGCUGUGGGAUCUGAGCCCCACAGCCUGCCCGCCUGUAAGCUCCCCUAGAGGUUCGAGCAAGGGGGCACUGAAGAAGCCAGCCACACCCUGCAAGGAGAUAAGGGAACUUUUCCCAUUUCACAUUCAAGCCAGAACUGUUAAGAGAAACAAUGGGUAAUUUUCUGGCUUAUACUUAUUCUGGGUUCCAGAGAAGGUUGGUGUUCUGUUUCUACCUUCAGAAUUGCAUUGGCUACUUAAUCUAAAAGCUUUGGUCAAACAAGCUGAUUGUGGAAUUAACUGCUCUUCACUAAAGCUACUUAGAGCUUUUCCACUUCAUAUUAUUAAGCUUCUGUGAAAAUUUUGCUUUUGCCUGGUUUCAGAGAGCAAGUUAUUUAAAAAAAACCGCUUCUUAGUUUUCACUGUAUUCAACUAUCAGUAGAAAUGCACAUACUUGAUUGCUUCCUCCUUGAAAUUCUUUCUUUAAAAAAAGCCCUCUCCCCUUCAGGGGGGAGGGACAGCAUUGGGAGACAUGCCUAAUGCUAAAUGAUGAGUUAAUGGGUGCAGCAAAACAACAUGGCACAUGGAUACAUAUGUAACAAAACUGCACAUUGUGCACAUGUACCCUAAAACCUAAAGUAUAAAAAAAAAAAAGAACACUUUAUAUUGGUAAAAAGUUUGUCUCACAAGAAAGAUGGAAUAAUUCUAAAUUUGUAUGUAAAUAACAUGUAAAGAAAAAUGUAACUUGCAAAAUUAUAUAACUAAAAGGAAAAAUUAAAAGCUAUCAUUAACAUGUGAAAAAAAAUUAAAAAAAUAAAUAAGCCCUCUCCCUACCCCA